AGAUGCUCUGGAAUUGGCGCAUCGUUGACUCUUGCUUCCUGUCCGGCUCCUGGCACGUCAAGAACAACGCCAUGUUCGCUGCAUCUUGCAUUGGUGCCGCUAUGCUCGUUGUAACCCUCGAAUUCCUGCGUCGUGUCAGCACUGAAUGGGACGCAUACCUUCUGCGCACUUUCCAACGGCAAUUGCGCAUACAGCGAGCAGCACUUGCCGAGACGCCUCUUUCCAACUGCUGCGACGGCCCCUCCUCCACGCUAGGAACCCAGUACGCUACGUUUCGCGCCACUUCGCUGCAACAACUAGCACGCGCCAUCAUCCAUGGAGUAACACUUGGUGUUGCGUAUCUGCUCAUGCUGAUCGUCAUGUCUUUCAACGGCUGGAUUUUCAUCUCGAUCAUUCUCGGUGCGAUUCUUGGGAAAUUCCUGUGCGAUUGGAUGGUGGUCAGGAUCCCAUUUGAGGCGGUGUUCAGGCAGGAGAAGGAUGUCCGACGGGCUUCAGUUGAUGCUACUGGACCCACAGGUUGUUGCCGCUGAGCGACAGUAGACGCAGAAGACUGCUUGAAGAAGAAGCAGCAGACAUAUGAUACCCAAUCUUGCGAAUAACCG